UUCUUACGCUACAAACAGCCCACUCCUCACGCCCUAGUUUUCAGCCCAUUGAUUGAUCCAAUUCUCUCUUAAAAAGCCUAAAACAGAGAGAUUCUCCAUCUUAUUUUUCAUUAUCACUAAGCAAAAAAAAGAAAAAAUGGAGGGCAAGGAAGAAGAUGUAAGAGUGGGAGCGAAUAGGUACAGAGAGAGGCAACCUAUAGGAACCGCUGCUCAGGAGGCUAAAGACUACACGGAGCCACCUCCAGCUCCACUCUUUGAGCCUGGAGAAUUAUCAUCCUGGUCCUUUUACAGGGCGGGCAUUGCUGAGUUUGUGGCCACCUUCUUGUUUCUUUACAUCACGGUUUUGACUGUAAUGGGCGUCUUUAAAUCCCCCAGCAAGUGUUCCACUGUAGGUACCCAGGGUAUUGCUUGGGCGUUUGGUGGCAUGAUCUUCGCUCUCGUCUAUUGCACUGCUGGCAUUUCAGGGGGUCAUAUUAACCCAGCGGUGACUUUCGGGCUGUUCUUGGCAAGAAAACUGUCGCUCACCAGGACGGUGUUUUACAUGAUAAUGCAAUGUUUAGGCGCCAUAUGCGGUGCCGGUGUUGUCAAGGGCUUCCAAAAGAGCCAGUUCGAAAGGCUAGGUGGUGGCGCAAACGUGGUUGGUAGAGGAUACACCAAGGGCGAUGGACUUGGAGCUGAAAUCGUCGGCACCUUUGUUCUUGUCUACACCGUCUUCUCCGCUACUGAUGCAAAACGCAAUGCCCGAGAUUCCCAUGUUCCCAUCUUAGCGCCAUUGCCGAUCGGAUUUGCAGUUUUUCUGGUGCAUUUGGCAACUAUUCCAAUUACAGGAACAGGCAUCAACCCGGCAAGAAGCCUUGGUGCGGCUAUAAUUUUCAACAGGGAUCAAGCCUGGAAUGACCAUUGGAUUUUCUGGGUAGGUCCAUUCAUUGGAGCAGCACUGGCAGCCUUAUACCAUCAGACGGUGAUCAGGGCCAUUCCAUUCAAGUCAAAAUGAUCAAAUAUUUUCAAACAAGCUUGAUAUUUGCUUUGUUCACCUGUUUGGCUUCUUCUCUUUCGUGCAAUAGGCUAAUAAAUUGAAGAAAGAAAAUGGCUACCGUGUGGUAAUGGUGUUUCUUUACAGUGAAUUGCUCACGGGGAAUUGGUUGUUCGUGGGGCUUAAAAUUAAUGUAAAGAUGGGUGUUGUUUCAACGACUAGCUAGCAACCCAGUUCCUACUAUAAAUAAAUUUACACUUGCUUAGAA